AUGUCGAUCAGCACGACGGUACCUGGCUUCGAUGGUAUCCAGGUCCCUUUGCCCAUGGACUUGAGUGGCAGUUCGGCAUUGUUCGACGCUUUUCUUGCGCACAUUUCUGAUCAUGCUUCUCAAGAAGCAACACCUACUCAGUUGACCCCUCUCUUGGUGUCCAUUCUGAAAGCUGAUGCAAGGGUUCCUUUCACACUCGAUCAUACUCAGCGCCAACAGCUUAUGGGUCGUCUCUCUGAUGCGUUUGGUGAGACAGCUGCCCUCGCACUUGGUCAAGCCUUGUCACAACUCCCAUCCAAACCCCUCGCUGAGCAAUUAAUGGAUCUUGGUGAUGCUCUCGUCACUAGCUCUAAUCUCCAUGCUCUGAUCAAGCAUUCAGGCUUCUCACGGCCCAAAGAGUCGGACGUGUCCGACCUACUGGCCCAACUUCUCUCUUUUACCACAAGGUCUAUGACCUUCGCCACAAACUUUUCAUUGCUGUCAAAAUCCCUGGCAGCCACAGACUCAGCACUUGACUGGCGUGCCAUCAUGCGCGGCCUUGAUGCCAUGGACUCGCGCGUAUUUCUUCCCUGCGAAAAACUUGGCACAGCCCUGGGCGACUGGAUCCGAGGUACACCCAAUCCCAUCGAGUCUGUUAAUUCCCUCUGGGGCGUGUGGACAAACAGGACACGCCAGUUGCAGAUUCUCUACUCCCUCCUCUUGCUCAGUGAACACUUUUCGAUGAAAGAUGUCACGGCACGUCAGAUUGUAUCACCAAGCGACUUUGUGGAUGCACCACCAACCAUUCAGGCGCAGGCCAAAGUAGCCUCAGAGAGUGUUUGGAACAGUCUGGAUCUAAUCGAAACCUUAAUGGAACUAGCCAACAGCGUCACCGGCGCAGAAAACAGCAGCGAAGUUGGUCGCCCUGUUACGGCCAUCUUGGAGCGCGCAAUUCAGACUAACGCUGAAUGCGUACUGCUCGGACUCGUUGUUCUGCCUCCGUCGAUGAAUGCUGUCCACACCGAACUGGUAACCAAGCUGCUUGCCAUGUUCUUGGUAGGAUACUCGGCUCACCAGCUUGUGUUUUGGCACUUGUGGCAUACCCAGCCAGCCCUACUCAUGGAUGCGUUUAAGCGCCUGUACGCUGAGAGCCCCUUGCAUAUGACCCGCAUCGUCGAAGUCGCACAGGAGCUAGGUAUGAUUAACCAACUCGUUUCUCAACAGCCCUGGGCUUUUGCUCUGGAUGCUGCUGCACUCGCUGCACGCCGAGAUGCUCUUCAGCUCGAACCGUGGCUGGAAGAGUCCAUUUCUGCAGCGCCAGCUGAUGCUCACCUCAUUACGGCGACACUCGACUUUCUUGAGAUAAAAAUAAAGGAAGAUCUCAUGCGCCGCGACCCACAGGCAGAACCUACUUUUGUCCCACUACAUGUUCAGCAGGUUGCGGUGUUCCUACGUGUCCUGCGUGGCUUUGGUGACUCUAUGUCUCUGCCAGAAAUUGACCACUUUAAAAUCGUACGGAAUAUGUGUCUGCAGCUGCAUCCGCGUCUGAUGAAGCUAACACCGGGACCUAGCUCAGAGCCAGGCCUGACAGUUACGACCUUUUCCAAAGACAUACAUCGCGAAGCCGAUACAUGGUAUCGUCAGAUGUAUGAGGAAAAAGUGAGUGUUGACGAUAUUGUUUCUUUGUUGCGUCGCUGCAAGCAUUCAGAUGAUGAGCGUGAUCACCAGCUUUUCGCUUGCAUGGUUCAUACGCUGUUCGAUGAACACCGCUGGUUCGAGCUGUACUACCCGCCACGUGAACUUCUCAUGACGGCGGCCGUUUUUGGCGCAUUGGUCCAGUACCAGCUGAUUGAGUCGAUUCCCCUUGGUAUUGCAAUUCGCUACGUUGUGGAUGCAUUGCAAGCUUCUCCAGAUUCUACACUCUUUCACUUUGGUAUCCAAGCGCUCCUUCGUUUCCAGAAGCGCCUGGCAGAAUGGCCGCAACUAUGCCAAGUGCUUCUGUCGCUGCCGACUCUAACACAGACGCACCCUGAGCUUAUUGUCGUGGUAAAUCAGGCACUCGCAGCGGCCAAGAGCGGCAAAGUACAGCCGCCGGAUGACAGUGUCUUCACUGCCAUCCAACCUGACGCUCUUCCUGCGGACAUGCAGCGCAAGCCAGACGAAGUCCAGUCGGACCAGCUGCUCUUCCUCAUCAACAACAUGUCGCUGGCAAAUGUGCAUGAAAAACUGUCCGGCGCGCGGGAACUCGUCUUGCCUGACAUUUUGCACUGGCUUGCACGUUACUUGGUGCUGGAGCGUGUGAGUCUAGAGCCCAACAACCAUGACUUGUAUCUUAUGUUCCUCACAGGACUGGAGCAGCCACGAGUAUUUGUUUAUGUGCUUUAUGAGACGCUUACGAAGCUCAAGGCUUUGUUGGAUGCGGAAAAGACGACGCAAUCGACGUCAGAACGUACGGUGCUCAAGAACUUGGCGUCAUGGCUAGGCCUUACUACACUGGCACAGGAGCGUCCCAUUUUACACCGCAAUCUGGCUUUUAAAGAUCUGCUGCUGCAAGGUUACGAGUCUGGUCGUCUUAUUGUCGCAAUUCCCUUCGUCUGCAAGGUAUUGGAGCACUGCUCGAGCACGCGGGCUUUCCAACCGCCUAAUCCAUGGCUAAUGGCGAUCCUGCGUCUGCUUGUGGAGCUGUACCAGUUUGCAAAUCUCAAACUCAACUUGAAGUUCGAAAUUGAGGUUCUUUGUAAGAGUUUGCACGUGGAUCUCCAAAAACUCGAGCCUAGUCAGCUAUUACCAGGCCGUCGUCCUGAGCCACCGUCUGGCCCGUCUACGGCUGCUGUGGCGGGUAAGAGAGCAGCAAGUGGCGACCACAAUACCAUUGUGCCUGGCAUGGAGCAACUCAGUGUAAACGAGCCUGUCGCGUACCAUGACAUGUUUGUCACGAUGCUGCAAAAUAUGGCGCAGUACAUUGUGAUCAGCCCACAGAUCGUGCCAUAUGCCAACAGCGCAGCAUGGAAGCGUGUCAUGUACGUGGCUCUUGAGCGUGCUAUCCAGGAGAUCAUCACGCCCGUUGUCGAGCGUAGCGUCACUAUCGCAUCGAUUUCGACACGCGAGCUUGUGAGCAAAGACUUCGCCAUGGAGCCGGAUGAGCAAAAAUUACGAUCGGCCGCGCACCUUAUGGCUCAAAACAUGGCCGGCAGUCUAGCUCUUGUGACCUGCAAAGAGCCUUUGCGGCUGAGCAUCCUUGCACAUGCGCGCACGCUGUUUGCCGCUGGCGGGGUAUCCGAGCAAGCACUGCCCGAACAGGCUCUCCUGCUGCUGGUACAGGACAACUUGGACUUGGCAUGCGUUGUAAUUGAGAAGACGGCCAUGGAAAAGGCAUUGGCCAAAGUGGACGAGGGCCUGGCCAACGCCUACAGGACUCGUCGCGACUUUAAGAUGCAUGGCCACGGCGCCAUCUUUUGGGAUAAAGCCUCGCUAUCGCACUACAGCACGACCUUGCCAGAUCUCAUGCGUAUUGCACCACCCGGCCUCCAGCCUGCUCAGCUUCGUGUCUACGAGCAACUGGCGAUGACGCCUAAUGUGCCUCGACAAGAAGACGACCUUGAAAUGGAUGAUGUGCCGGCCGUCGCUGGUCUCAACAGCAUGGGAAUGGGCAGUGGCUUUUUGAUGCCGACGCAGGCACUUGAGCGUUUCGUCCUCAUGGCUGCAGAACUGGAGCGUUUCUUUGCAGAGGUGAGCGAAACGCCUCAGACACUGUCGACGCUGCCCAGUACCCACUUUGUGCGACAGGUCCUGCCUCACCUGAACGAGCUUAUUUUGCAGUCAACACAUCGGGACGAGACGGUGCUGCUUAUCGCGCAGAAGACUGUGCAGCUUCUCUACAAGACGGGUACUGAUUUAGCUCGCGAAGUAUGGGUGGCUGUGCUUGAGCAACUGUGUGAGCAGUCCUCUCGUGUGGCUCGCGAAGUAACAGCUUGGCUUAUGUACGCCGAGGACGAACGCAAAUUCCAUGUGCCAGUGACUCUGGCUCUUGUCCGUGCCAAUCUCAUCAGUCUCGUCGAGCAAGACCAGCAGCUUGCUAAGCUGCUCAUACGGACCCAGUGCCGAUCCUCUGUUGUUGACUACAGUGCCCAGCUUGUUCGUCAUUGUCUCCAGGAGGGUCUUGCUACCCGGGCCCAGUUUUCGACGCUGCUGAGCGCAUUGGCACAGGCUGUGCAAUACGGACGUGGCACACCAGCAGCACAGCGCUUGCUCGAUGAUCUCGACGAACUUGCUGUCAGUGAGUCUUCGGUUCCUCUGCGGGACCAGUUGGCAUACAGCUUUGCUAGAUGGGUGCGUGUGUUCCAGCAGUCGUCGAACCCUGAAAAGUCCUUCAUUGAGUACAUCAUGCAGCUCCAGAGCCGCCAUGUACUCAAGGGUGAAGAAGUGUCGUCGCUCUUCUUCCGCAUGUGCACCGAAGUGUCUGUCGCACAUUACACAAAGCAGCACGCGGUUGGCGGCACUCGUGCCAGUGGCAUUUUCUCACCGAUUGACACGUUUGCACAGUUGAUCGUGUACCUGAUCAAGUAUCAUGCGGACCCGAGCGGUACCAACGAUGAGCGGGCUAAGGUGCAUUAUCUGACCAAGAUAUUGUCGAUCAUUGUGCUAGUUCUUGCCCAGUCGCAUGAAGAAAUGGGCGCCCACUUCCAGCAGCGGCCCUUCUUCCGUCUCUUUUCCAGCAUGUUGCAUGGUCUGCGUGCGGCUGAGUCGUCGCUACAAGGCGCCUAUAAUGGCGCUCUGCUCGCCAUUGCGAAUGCUUUGUACACAUUACAACCCGCCUUUUUCCCAGGCUUUGCCUUCUCGUGGGUUGCUCUUGUCUCUCACCGCCUCUUUCUCCCGCAGCUCCUGCGGGGGCCAACAUCUAGCCGGGCUGCGUUCCAUCGUCUCAUGAUCGCUCAACUGCGUUUCCUUUCGCCGUUGCUGCGUCAGAACACGCUGCAUGACACCACACGUCUGCUGUACUCAUCAACGCUUCGCUUGGUGCUCGUACUCCUGCACGACUUUCCGGAGUAUCUCGCUGAGUACCAUCAGAGUCUGUGUGACGUCAUUCCAUCGAUUUGCAUCCAGUUGCGCAAUCUUGUGCUCUGCGCUUAUCCUCGCCCGCUGCGUAUGCCCGAUCCGUUUGGUGCAGGCCUGCGUCUUGUGACGUGGCCUGAUCCCAAAUUCAUGCCGACUAUGCACUAUGAUGCUCAGGCUAUUGUGCGUGCUUUAUCGCCCACGCCUGAUGUCCUUGAGCGUCUCGAUGAACUUGUGCAUACCGGGCAGGCUCCAACCGGCACUGGUCGCAUGUUGGCUGAUGCGUUUGCAUCGCCAAAUGCUCCGGACACUGGUCGUUACAACGAGAUUUUGAUCAAUGCAGCUGUGCUUUAUGUGGCCCAUACUACACUGCAAAGCACGAAAAACCAUUUGUUGGCCAACCGCUCCGUGCAUGAUCCUCUUGUCGAGCUGUAUCAUGCUGUGCUGCCAGAAAUCGAGCCGGAGGGUCGUUACCUGAUGCUCAGUGCUGCAGCCAGUCAGCUGCGAUACCCAUCGCACCACACUGCGUACUUCCAUGCAUUGUUUGUUGUUCUCUACACUAGAGAAGAGGCAUUCGUGCGCGAGCAGAUUCUGCGUGUGCUAUUGGAGCGUGUCAUUGUGCACCGCCCACACCCAUGGGGACUCCUCUACACAUUCGCGCAGCUCUUGCGCACGCACUCUGUGCCGCUGCCGCAAGCCCCACCUGAGAUUCACGCUAUUCUCGAACACAUGUCCAAAAUGCUCGCACCAGAGCGUGCCGUAUCUGCUUCUGCAUAG